CAUUUAUGGCUUUUAAAGCGUCGAAUUUGAGAUGUGAUUACACAAUUUGAAUGAUUUCCCCCUGAACUUGGCUCAGGAGCAAUAACGUGAAACUGUCAACGUUUAUUUUCUGCCGUAAAUGCAGUUUCGCUGCUCUCCGUAAAGCUUCAUUGUUGACGUUAGUUGUUUUGUUGCCUUUACGCAAUAGGACUGCUCGUCCAUUUUAAUGUGUUUAAACAUAUUUGGACACCGCGAAUCUCAUUAAUAUCGUUAACUUGUUCGUUAAAAUACAGACGGCGACGGGUUUUCUUUCGUUUUCGUCGACGUAACUUCAGUAUUUCAACGGCACUUUUGUUUCGUCAGUAGAUAAAACGCUGCUUCGUCUGAACUUUACCGACGCUUCGACACACAGACACCUGUAGCAUGUAACAGCAGCCGGCAGUGGCUCAAUAGUUAGUCUGUACUGUGCGGUUAAUGUCGUGCUUUUGACUCCUUUUAAACUACUUACUGGAAAUGUAUUAUCGCUGCCUUUCUCAGUAUUGAAUGAAUGGGCUUUUUGUGCGCAUGCGUGCAGGAUCUCAAAAGUUUAUAAACAAGGGGAGGGAGUCACAUGACGAGAAUAUUGCGAAAUAGAUGAGAUAAACAUACUCUUAUCAUGUUUACAGGUUUAUAUCCAAUUAGAUUCAUAAACCUCCAUUAAAUACUUCAGUGGUAAAUAUAAUGGAGCAUGAAUGUGUCUAAACAUAGGUGUGUUAUUAGGUAAUGGCAGCUCAGUGUUACCCCAUGCCACCUCAACCAUUUAUAGCCUAUACAUUACAGCUCAGUGAAGGAUUAAGUUUCUCUGUAUGUGUGUGUGUGUGUGUACGCUUGACCCCUGGGUUCCCGUAAUAUGGCUAAUGCUGAUACUGAUGCCAGUAGUUACCUGUACUUGACCGUUGGCAUCAUGGUUUGGGAGGUGGUGACCCCGGCCGUGCUGUCCAGCGACCCCAAACAUCAGAAUGUGCGGGAUUCUGAGACUCAGGGUGAACACACAGGAGUGAUGAUGGCUGCAGACGGAGACCAAUCACUUGACCUGCUGUGCUGUGAGGAACGCCUCCCCUCCUCACCCGGCUUCCCCACCAGUGACAGUUACAUGGAAUACGACGACCUCCCAGACCUGCAGGAGGUUCAAGAGGAGGCGGAGCCAACAGCGCCACCCGUCUACCAGGUAGACGUGGGUGUGUCGCACCAGGAGCGACAUGCACACGCGCAGCUUCCCGACACACACUGGCUGACGCAGCUGGCUCACAUCGCCACGGGACCCCAGAGCCCACUGCUGCAGGAGUCUCCUCACAGCAGUUCCUCUCCGGUCUGUCUCUCCAGCACCAGCUGUAAUCUACAUUCCUACGCUCGGCCUCCUCCCCCUCUCCCCAGCGGCACCUCGUCACCCCCCAGAGGUCACGGCAGGGAGCGUCGGCGCAGCAGGAAGAGCAGUGAAUGUGGGUCUGCAGUGUCAACCAGAUCCUCUCUGUCUGAUGACGAAGACAUGGGCUGGAGCUUCUCCUGGCCCCCCACGGCCUGGCACUGCUUUCUCAAAGGCACUCAUCUGCGCUUCCACACCGGCUCUAAUGUGGAGUGGCAGGACGUGGAGGACCUGGACUCUGCUGAGGAAGACUCUGGCGAUGAGGAGCAAUCCAGAUCUCUGAAGAGUUAUGGUUCUGAGGGUCUGCAGCUGGUGGAGCAUUCAGAGAUCGUGUUGUCUGGUCAGGCUGUCCUACAGCUGACCUUUGACCCCGGGGCAUUCGGACAUGCCCCCCUGACCGCCCGGUGCCAACUUCAUCACCCCUUCUACAUCAAAAACAGAGGCUGGUCGUCAUUUUACCCGAGCUUGACCGUGGUGCGUCAUGGGAUACCGUGCUAUGAAAUGGAGGUGGGAGGUGUGUGCCUUCCUCCAGGACACAGAGAUGCCAAACACACCGACGACUCACUGGUGUUUGACACAUUCAGGAGUUACGAUUUCACUCCUCUGGAUUCUUCUGCGGUUUACGUGUUGAGCAGUAUGGCCAGACGGCGGCGAGCCUCCCAGUCCAGCGGGGGAGCUGCUUCUCCAGACAGAGACACACCACAAGACGCCCACAGUCCCGGUCACUCCCAUUCUCCUCGUCAAAAGCCAACCAAAAGCCAGAAUGCCAGCACAGCAGGAAGUAGUAAUGCCACGCCCACCAAGUGCAAGCGGCCAAUGAACGCCUUCAUGCUGUUUGCCAAGAAGUUCAGGGUUGAGUACACACAAAUGUACCCGGGCAAGGACAACAGAGCGAUCAGCGUCCUCCUUGGUGAGCGGUGGAAGAAGAUGCGAACUGAGGAGCGGCGGGCGUUCACCGUACAGGCCAAAGCCCUCGCAGACGAACAGAAAAGACUCAACCCAGACUGCUGGAAACGCAAACGAACCAACUCUGGUUGUCAGGGAAAUUAAGGUUGCUGACAUGAAGAGGAAGGAUCUGCAUGGCCUGUAGGAGUACACACACUCUCACUCUCUCCCCCACACACACACACACACACACACACACACACACACACACACACACACACACACACACACAGUGUUCAGAGGUGAAUUAAAGGAGCUUUGUGUAUAUUAAUACAAUGCUUCGAUAUUAUAUUUUAACAACAGACUUGAUCUCCCAAAGUGAGGACUUGUUUCCGUCAUUUGAAAGAGUCUCACAGUAAAAAAAAAAAAAAGAGCACCAGCAUCUACUUUCUUAUAGAAAUGUUUAAGCAGCUCUCUUGCUUUUAAAAAGUGCUAAAUGUAACAUUUUAAAGAGUUAUAAAUCAUUAUGUGUUGAUAGUAAUUAUAACAACGUAAACAACAUCACAUUUGAAGGCUCCAAAGCACCUCAGCGUCUCCCUACGGAGAGAAAUAUUUUUCUAAAUGAAAUUACGAAGCAGAUCAACUGGUUUUCGUCUAUGACUGGAGUUCAUCUCCACGAGUGAUUUUACAGCAAUGUGACAAUAAAAGAAAAAAAAAAAAGAGAUUCUGAUUACUUUCAGUUUCUCACCAUAUGCUUGAAACGGGUGGAAGGUUUGGUGCUGUAGCAUUUUAGGUAAAGUAGAGAAUGUAGCUAUUUUCCCAAAAUUAAAUAUUAUAUAUAAAGAUAUAAACAAAGUAUUUUCUUGCCUGUAUUACUUGCAUUUGCACUCAGUGUAUUGCACAAGACCACAUAUAUUUUAACUUUGCUUUCAUGUAAGUUAUCAUGUAAUAUUUAGUUAUUUAACAAAUGUUUGCCAUAAAUUCUCAAAUAGUGGACUUAAGAGAGAACCAGGCCUGUAUUACAGAAAGAAAUGUUGUGUUUCCAUAACAGUUGCUUGAGAAAGUACAAUGCCGUGGUUUUAUUAAGCUCAAUUCCUUUACAGCCACUGACAGAUACGAGUGACAGCGUGUGCUCCCUAGCUUUUAUUUAUUUUAUUUUAUUUGAGAAUUUACCAUACAUAUUGACAUAUAUUGACACAAGGCAUAUAAGACCACAUGGGUAUGCUAGAGAAAGUUGCCAUUAUAGCACAGGCUGUCGGGAUGACAAGAGGACUUGAUUUGGGUUUGCCAGACAUCAUCUACACUGCUGAAGUGUCCUUAUAAGGAGUUCGGUCUACACCUGCUCUAUUUGGAAAGUGUCCUGAGAUAACUUCUGUUAUGAAUUGGCGCUAUACAAAUAAAAUUGAAUUGAAUUGAAUUGAAUUGAAUUCAAGACACUGGAUCCCCAGCAGCUGUAGGGGAGCAACAGAAAAUAUCCUCUCAGUGCAGGAAUCCAUAUAUGUUAUUGCUUUUGAUUCUAACAUUAUCUGUGUGCCAUAUUAAGAUUUUCUUAGAUGUGUUUGAGUAUGUUUGUGUAUAAUCAAAGACACAUUAAUACAGGGGAGAGCUGACGAGGGUUCAUGUUACUCACAAAGAGUUAAAAUGGAAAAGCACAGAAAGUGCUUGUUUGGCCCCGCCCCUUUAGGUUUCUGGUGAGUUUUGGUGGCUUUACUUUAUGUCCAUAGAAACAGAUUAUAAAAGCAUUUGUAGCAUCUGUGAAGACAGGUAGUGAGCACACUGAGAAAAUACUAAACAUUCUGACAGCUAGGAUGGGGGGGGUUUGUUAACAGUGGAAUUUGUUGCCAUAAACUACUCAUUUAUCAGUAAUCAGAAAAAUCUGUUUUUAAUCAGGAUGUUGGUGACUUAAGAAAUGUAACAUGCUGAACUCUGAAUGUGUUUACAUGCACCCAGGAAUCUAGUCUCCUACAGGAGCACCUGCGGCUCAGGGUGGAGGUCUGGAGACAUUUAUGCUUAUUGACCCUCAUGUAGUUUAGGCUGCCUCUGAGUCUGGAAGCCUGUCAAACAGCCCUCAGAAUCCACUGACUGUACAGUGAUCCCAAUGAUUAAGACUGUGAGGGUGAAAAUUGCUAUCACACUGAUGUUACAGCUUAAAGCGAGGCCUAAAGCAUCAUGUCUAUGUUCUAGCUACCUAAAUAUAUUCUCCAUAACCCCUUUGUAGGUCUGUCUAAGCAAAAAGCCAUUUAUUCAUAAAAUAUCAUGGCUGGAAAACAAGGACCCAGAGCCCACAGGGCACAGGAUACAGAGUAGAAAUCUAUAUCCUAAAAAAAAAUAUAUAUAUAUAAACCCAGCCGCUGAGGAGUGCAUGUAAACACACUCACUGCAAACAUGAUGAUGUGUGAGGCUUUGAUUGGCAUGUUACUGGAUGAAAGUGCUUCAUAUAGAGUUAUAUAUUAUAUGCAGAGUGUGGAGGCUUGAGAAAAGUGACAUGUUUUACAGAAAUAGUCAAAAAUAAAAUGAAAUACUCCCAGGGUGGACACUCAUAUUAUCACUGCAUAACGAGGUUUAUUCUUAAUGCACUAUAUACACUUUAUCUUAUGUGACUGCUACAGUAUAAUGUGUAAUGGCAAAUAUUAAUAUGAUUAUACAGAAAUAUAUAUUUUUGGUUUUGACUUAAUCUGUGUUAGCCUAUCAUGGUUGUGCAUUGAUUAUUUAACUUUAGUUUGUCUUUACUAUCAUGUACAGGUCGAUCAGGGGAGACAAUGCAAUACAAUGUAUUACGGUAUAAAUAAAAGCAUGAUAAAUCUGUAA